AUGGGGGUGGGGACAUCCCUAGGAUUCCGAUUAACACGGACACUGAAAGAAGGAAAAGAAGUGACGUCUGCUAGGACGGACAUAGUCAAUAUAAAUAUUCGUUCAGACUUCAGUGCCUUCCCCUCCAUUGACCUGCAGCGCCUCCUACAGGAGGUUCCCUGUCGGUUCUCCAACAGAGGAGGUCUCAUUCACUAUGCUGUAAUCGACAACCAGGUCGCUAAUCGACAACCAGGUCGCUGUUCCCUGGGAAAAUGCAUUGACUUCAAGAUGUUCUCUGAUGAAAUAUUCCUCUCACUAUGCAGGAAGGUGAGGCUUCCUGAUGUGGAAUUUUACAUCAAUGUGGGAGACAGGCCAAUGGAAACAAGGACAGAUGACAUUCCUGGGGCUGUUCCAAUCAUCUCCUGGUGCGGUUCCACAGACACCAUCCUCCCCACCUAUGACAACACUCACUCCACCCUGGAGACCCAUGACAUUUCCAGUGACCUGCUGUCAGUCCAGGGCAACACAGGUUAGUUCUGCUUACUUACACCUCAUUACUCAUAUGCAAAUUACUCUGUUUCCUUGGCCUCUUGGUCCAACAAAACAGAACAGGCCUUAUUCUGUGGCCGGGACAGUCGUGAAGAGUGCCUACACCUGGUCACUCUGUCCAAGAAAAGGGGGAGGGAUCUGGGCAAAACAAAUCUUGUUGGAUUCUUUGACUUAUUCAAGUGUAAGUAUCAGGUGAACGUUAAGGGCACAGUGGCUCCUUACAGGUUCCCUUAGCUGAUGCUGGGGAACAGCCUGGUGCUGAAGCAGAAUUCACCAAAUCACUUCUACACCCACCUGAAGAAGCCAGGCACUCACUACAUCCCUGUGAAGAGGAGCUCUGACCUCAUCCAAAAGAUUGAGUGGGCAAUGGGGAAUGAUGAUGAAGCACAAGCGAGCAAAGCAGGCCAGACGAUUGUACGACAGCUCGUACAACCUAACAGAUUCUACUGUUACUAUUACAGUGUGCUACAGAUGUACUCUGAGCGUCAGACCAACAAGCCCACACUGCAUCCAGACAUGAAGCGGGUUCCCUAGCCAUCCGACCAGAGUGCCCUUUGCAGCUGUCAGCAAGAGCCUCAAAGAGAUGAUCCCAGCCUGGAGAAGGAUGAACCCUGA